GCAGCGCUGCCUCUCUCUCUCGCCGCUCCACCAACUUGUCACCAAAGAUGGCGAUUUGCUGAGUGCUCAUGGAUACACACAUUUGUCGGCUAGCUGUUAUCCUGCCCGAAACGCCAACUUUAAAAACAAACUAAGUGCUGAGCGAAGCGACCCGUUUCUCCGUCCGGAAGGAAAUCUGACAGGACGUCGGCCGUCGCCACCAUGCAGAUCACGCUGAAAACGCUGCAGCAGCAGACCAUUCAGAUUGAGAUAGACCCCGAGCAAACGGUGAAGGCCUUGAAGGAGAAGAUUGAGGCUGAGCGGGGAAAGGACAACUUCCCCGUGUCGGGCCAGAAGCUGAUCUACGCUGGAAAAAUCUUGCAAGAUGACACGCCCAUUAAAGACUACAAAAUCGACGAGAAGAAUUUCGUUGUGGUGAUGGUGUCUAAGGCUAAGCCUGCGGCUCCAGCCUCACCGCCCGUCUCAGAAGCCCCCAAGCCCCCCGUACAAGACUCUGGCUCCACUUCAACGCCCGCCCCAGCCACAAACCCGGCUCCAGCCCCGGCCCCUGCAGCUGUCCCCAUUUCUUCAGAGGAGGCCCAGCCGGAGCCAAAUACCGCAGCCACAGAACCACAGCAGCCAGCCAGCUCCAGUGGUGGGGGUCUGGGCCUGGACGCCUCCUCAACGCUCGUGACCGGAGCCGAGUACGAGGCCAUGCUGACAGAGAUCAUGUCUAUGGGCUACGAGAGGGAGCGAGUCGUAGCGGCGCUACGGGCCAGUUUCAACAACCCUCACAGAGCUGUGGAGUACCUCCUCACCGGUAUCCCCAGCAGCCCAGUCCAGGAGAGCAACCCGCCGCCCCAGGCCCCCACAUCUGCUUCCACAGAGCGUCCAUCUCUAGCAGAAGGAGAGAACCCCCUUGCAUUCCUGAGAACCCAGUCCCAGUUCCUCCACAUGAGGCAGGCCAUCCAGCAGAGCCCUUCUCUGCUCCCCACCCUGCUCCAGCAACUAGGUCGAGAGAAUCCCCGACUUUUACAGCAAAUCAGCCAACAUCAGGAGCUGUUCAUCCAGAUGCUGAACGAGCCAGUGGGAGAAGGGGAAGAAGUGCCAGAGGUUGGUGAGAUGGGGGCGGCAGGCGAGGAGGCGGCGCCCGUCAACUAUAUCCAGGUCACACCACAGGAGAAGGAAGCCAUAGAAAGGUUAAAAGCGCUGGGCUUCCCCGAGGCGCUGGUGAUCCAGGCCUACUUCGCCUGCGAGAAGAACGAGAAUCUGGCAGCCAACUUUCUCCUCAACCAGGGACUGGAAGAUGACUGAACCGGGAGCAGAGCACUGCCCCCGCCCCCCCCCACACCCCCUUCCUGCCCCCACCCAUCCCACCGCUCCCCCCUUUCUCAGCUCAGCAUAAAGACUGCACCCCCGAAUCUUACUGUACAACCUCAGCUCAAGCAGACAGGAGGGGUGGAGAGGCUCCGGGGAGGGGGGGGAACGUGGGGGGUGCAUUGGGAUGGGGUGGAAGGUUUUGUGCAGGAAGGUCAGAUUAUGGGAGGCAGGGGGCGGGGGGGGAUGAAAAAAGUGUGGGAGAAUGAUGAAAUCCACAUCAAUUCCAAUGGAAUGAGUGGGGUCAGUUUAGGGGAGAUCUAUAAUCUGGUUUUAGACGCGCUUCGUGAACAUUAGGGGUGGGGGGGUGGGGGUAAGGGGGGUGGGUGUGCGUGCUCGUGUCUGCGUGUGAGAGUACGUGUCUGUGUAUGCCUGUGCAAGAUGGAUGCGAUACAGUUAGGCUGGGGGGGGGGGGGAGUAAUCAAUCAGGCAUUCUCUAAGUUUGUUAAUGCUGUAGCGCAGUCGUACGGAAGCACGUUCUCCUCACUGCGCUGCGACAACAUCAUCGGCGUGUGUAAACUGCUUUGUGUGUACCUCUGUAAGCCUCACAUGCGUAUGUCCAAGAAUGAAAUUAGAAGUGAUGGACUGGACUGUGCUGGCCUUUUUCUCUGUCUCUGACACCAUGUUACCGGGGGGGGGGGGGGGGGGGGCUUCAAGUCAAAAUAGGAACAGAGCAAAAAAUAGAUGAUCUAUGUUCCAAAUGACACUACAAAUGAAAUACUGACCACAUGUGGGAGUUCCUGUGCUGCUUUCCUAUGGCAACGACGCUUUAAUCAUGAGCAACAAAGAUUAUGAGAGUAAAGAAAGGCAGCCGUCCACCUUAAAUCUAUCUUUAGUCCCAGAAUUCCCUGUAAACAUCCGGUGUGUCGACUGAGCAUGGGCCGGGAUCACAUUCUCCUCAUUUUACAAAUGUUUUGCUCGAAAGCAAAACGGAUCUCAUUUAUAUAUUAAAAACCGGAAAACCAGUAAGUAUUUAUGUUGCUCCUAAGAAACUAAAUCAUGAUGAUUAUUACAGGUGAAAUAUUGUUCUAAACAUUUUAUGUUGAUUUUAAAACCUAAACCAAAGUACAGACUGUACCCUUGUUGCGUUUCGCUGUCGUUUUUAAACGUUUCUUGGACAGAAAGUUGUUGCUGUGCGGAGAUGGAGACGACCCGAUCGGGUAUUUUCUUUUCAUUUCUUUUUUCCUGGCCGAUUUAAGGCGGGACUUACCGAUUCCCACUUUCGUAUUUUCCCCUUCAGAGUACCGCACAUAAAGCAGAAGAGAAUGGGCUCCAGGGUCUAUCAUGUGUUACGGGGUUUUCAAUCCACCAAUAAAUGAAGGAUCUAAAAAAAGAAAGCAUCCAUGUUUAUGCCUCCGUCUGGUUUUUAUUCUACAAAAGGAAGCCUGAAAGUGACCGGAGAUCUUGGCUUUAAUCGGCAGUAAAGAGGGAAUCCGAUUUUUCAGCCUUCGGCCUUCCGACCGAGGGAAAACCGUGAUCUUAGGCCCAUUUAUUCAGGAGAAUGACCUCAGCGAGAGGGAUGGGUGGCCCAGACGAUCCAACGCCACAACUGUCCAUGUUUAUCACAGUUAGACGUCUUUCUAUGCAGCAGGGAGGGGUAUCAGGACUUUGAGCCUAGGUGAAGGGUAGAACGGAGAACUUUGAAACGGUAGCCGGACCAUGCCCAGUCUGAACACCUUUCUAAACGACGAACCAGGCGGCUCCUAAAAGAGACGCUGUCUUGCGGCUCUUAAUGCUUCCUAUACACAGUUUGAUUGGUUGGGAGAGAUGUUACAAAUGAAUUAACCAACCAGGCCAGAUAAGCCCAUCUCGGCAGCAAUCAAUGGAAGAUGGUCCUGCUCUAAACUCUCCUUCCUCCUUCAGUAUACGGACUCCUACGUUUCAAACAUCCCUCCUGGCCCUGAUUGGUUGUUUCCUCACCAUUGUUUACCUGUUGGGCUUUAACGUUUGACCCAGUCCACUUACAAAGACUGGUGCUGUUACACUGAACCGGCAUAAGUGCAGGAGCACAGCUCCAACUGGACUCAAUGCUGACAGCGAGGAAGACCUGUGAGGAGCCCCUUUAAUCCGCCGUCUCCGUCAUACCUGAUCCUCGCGUACGCGACUUAAUCAUCAUCUUCCACAGUUUGUUCCAUGAAGGUUCGGGAACCUACUAGGUGACCUGGGCCCAGCUCUUCCAUUAAGGGUUAAAGACUUGAUUGUAUCUGAGAAAUAUUGGAGUUUGCUUCUGAAAACCACCCCCACCGAUGGGAUUUCCACUCAUCCGGUCUCACUUCAGUGAGCUUGGACUUGGGAGAAAUUGCUUUUUCAUUUUCAAAACCUGAGACAUAAACGCUAACAUAAACGUAUUAUUGUAGCUAUGUAAGCAUGAAGGACGAGGCCCUGGUUUACCCAUGAGGCUACAGUUCUCUUGGGUUGAUGAAAAGAUGCUGUUAAAGGUAACAAGUGCUUUCUCGCUCUCUCUUUCUCUCCGUGUGUGUGUGUGUGUGAAGGCAGUCUUGACUGAUUGUUGUCCUACAGCAUCAACAUGAUCUUAGACUAUGCUGUGCUACAUUAAAUAUCAGCAACCUUUCAGCUCCCCGACUCUGUGUGCCUUCACGUCGUUGUCGUACACAUCUCCCUCUGAACACACAGGUGCAUCUCAAUAAAUUAGAAUAUCAUCCAA